AUGACCGCCUCACCAAGAACCGCUCCAUUACGUAAUAUGAAAAUCACUACUGCCAUGGGGCGUCGACGAGUCUCCAAACCCGUAGCUAUAGACGCCCAUUAUACCAGUUCAGAUGCUGCAGUCGUGGCCGUAGCGGUCGCAUACCCCUCGUCGUCGUCCCAGCACCGCCAAAGUCCUUUUGAGAAACUAAAUACACUGAAACUUCUAUUAGAUUGCGGCCACUUGACUGCUGACGAGUACCAAGAACGAAAGACGCAGAUCAUUAAUGACAUGACCGGCACAUCUAUGGCAAGAAAAAAAUCGCCUUCACCCAAGUCGAGAAGAGACGCCGCGGGGAAUGGCAAGUUACUGCCUUUACCACUGCAACCUCUGCUCAAGACGGUGGUGCCACAUGGUCCUCCGGAUUUUUCUCGGAUUCGAAAAGAACGGGCCGACAAAUUGAGUUUCGAUGUCGAUACAUUAGAGUGGCACUCAACUCCAGUGAGGGUCAAGUUGGACUUGGUGCCCUUUGCCACGGGAAAACUUCGAAAUGCCUAUUAUAUACAGGAACAUGGCGUGGAUGGAGGUCCGCCAAGGCUGUAUGUUGCAAAAGUGAGUCAUUGUGCUGCAGAGCCAAGCACGUAUUUGAGCGAUGUUGAGAUGCAAGCUGUCUGCGCUCAUUAUGCCGCACUGUACAAUGAACAUGAACCACCGCUUAAAGUUUGUUAUGCGAGAUCGUGGCUGCUAAAAUUGAGAGAUCGGGAACGAGGAACUCUUGUGUGCUCCGUGGAAGAAUUUCUGCCAGGAGCGUAUGUGAAAUACAGCAACAACAAUGGCUACGUAGGUCGAGAAACCAGCUCGACGGAAGAACGGGAACGGAAUACGCCGCAGGCAUUUUCGCACUUCUCCUUUGUGGCUUCGGACUUUCAAUUGAUGAUUGUAGAUAUUCAAGGAGUUGCCGAUAGCUACACCGAUCCGCAAAUUCAUUCGGCAGAUGGUCGUGGAUUUGGUGUUGGAAAUCUUGGAACUUUUGGUAUGGAAAAGUUUCUUGAAAGUCAUCGGUGCAACGAGAUUUGUCGUUGGCUAGGUCUUCGUAGCAUUAACGAGCAGUAUAAACCUGGUGGAACAGCUGCUCCGGGCUACGAAAUGCCAUUUGGAGGAGCUAUCAAGAAGUCCACGAAUCGGAUAACUGAGGAACGCAACACGUUCUCUACUUCGGUAACAGUGAGCGAAGCUUUCGGAGAUACAGCAACUACCGAUUGGACCGGACAAGGCAACUCUAGGUCGGUCAGUGAAGAUGACUAUGAUGAGGGCGAUGAAGACCGAGCCAAGCACUCAAAUUUAACUUCUUAUGCUAAUGACGCGCCGAAUGGGGCGUCACGACUGGAGUCGCGGUAUCGCAAGCUGAAAAGACCAAAGCAGAUGUAUUUUCCUUCUCCAGCUGCUGCAUGUGGUCUUACGAGUGGAAUGGUGGCUGGCAAGCCUGAUGCAGGAAGCAAUCGCUGCUUUCGUCAUCCGUCACAUCUCAACAAAGGCACUGGCUGCGUCGCGGGAAGUCCUGUAUCUGGAGAGGUCAGUCCGUGGGCGUGUGUGGCUCGGACUCUAUUUUGCGGGUGUGUAUGA